GCUCGGAGUCUCUCGUGCGUUGAACUCUCUCCACGAGAGCGCGCGACAGAAAGAAUCGUUUAGUGAGCACGCUGUUUUAUUCUUCAUACUCUUUACAGACUCUGUCGCUCACUGUCUGUCUUUCUUUCUGACAACCACAUCCGAACAUUAGACACUAUGGGACGCUAAAUGUCCUUUCUCGCCUUGUGGAAUUUGGGGGAUUUUCUGCACUUAUAAAAUAGAGGAUAUAGACAUAAUGGGAUUUUAGUGUGUUUAUGAUUCAGCAGGCGAUAUGACUCGCUACGUGAGUUCCGUGGAUUCUCCCCUCAGGCGAAGAUCCGGAGAAUGAUGGACGAGAACAAGCAGCUCGCCCAGCGGAUCGAUGGGGCGAUCCAGAGCGCGAAGCAGGAGGUCGCGAACCUGCGCGCGGAGCUGACAGCCACCGGCCACAGACUGGCGGAACUCGGCGAGCUGGAAGAACCGGGCGAACCGCAGGAGCACCAGCAGCAACAACAGAACCAUCACGAUGCACCGGUGCAAAGACAGAAAGCUUUGACAGAGCUUGGUCAAAAAUGUGACGUUGUUCUUCAGGAGACGUCAUUAGAUAAAGUGCUGCUGCAUGAGGAGGUGGUGCGUCUGCAGGAGGAGGUGUCAGUGCUGAAGCAGGUCAGGGAGAUGUUGAAUCGUGAGCUGGAGGAGACAGGAGGAGGCUGCUCCGUGGAGCUGCUGUCUGUUUCACAGCUCCGCGUGCAGCUAACACAGAAAGAGCAGGAGCUGGACAGAGCAAAGGAGGCAUUGCAAGCAAUGAAGGCAGACAGGAAGCGUUUGAGGUUGGAGAGAACUGAUCUGGUGAAUCAGAUGCAGCAGCUCUACACAACACUGGAGAGCCGUGAGGAGCAGCUACGAGACUUCAUACGCAACUAUGAGCAACACCGAAAAGAGAGUGAGGAUGCAGUGAGAGUUCUGGCAAGGGAAAAAGAUUUGUUAGAACGGGAGAAGUGGGACCUACGCCGACAAACCAAAGAGGCCUCAGAACAUGCAAGUGCACUCCGAUCAGCACUGGACCUGAAAGAGAACAGGAUCAAGGAGCUGGAGGCUGAACUGACUAUGAUGAGUAGCUUUAUGGCUCAGAAACUAGAGAGUCGCGUGUUUGUUCGAUCUCCAGAAAGACCAGCCUCACCCAAAACAGUGUCGGCAAAACAGUCUUUGGCUACUCUCACUAAGGAUGUUCCUAAGCGACACUCGCUGGCCAUGCCCACAGAGACUGUCGUCAACGGCAACCAAGAGUGGGCGAUGCAUGCAGAGCUUCCUCUGACUGCGGCGAUACGACAGAGUCAACAAAACCUUUACCACUCAAUGGACAGACAGGUACUGAAAGCAUCACCGUGUGUGUGCGAUGCUGAUGGCAUCAGCAUGAUGUCAUCAGCUGCAGCCAGGAUCAGUCCGUGUCACUCUAAACAACCGUCAGUCAUCUCAGACACCUCGGUGAUGGAGGGAGAGAGAUCCUCAACGCCAUCCGAUUCACCACGACACAGAACACACUCCCUCUGCAAUUCUCUAGAGGAUCUAGAGGAGCAGAGACGCAGAAAGAAGAAAGAGAGGAUGGGUCUGGGCUCUCUUUCGAGGGUGUUCGGUCGAGGAAAGCAAAGAAAGUCUCUGGACCCCACUCUGUUUGAUGACUCCGACAGUUUAUCAAGCCCCGCCCGCCUCAGUGUGAGCCUAUCUGAAUGCGAGGAGCAUCUGGAUCGUCUUCAGCAGGUGGAGCUCGCGCGGACGGCCCCCAUGUCCCGUUGGCGAGCAGGAACCGUGCAGGCGUGGCUGGAGGUGAUCAUGGCCAUGCCCAUGUACAUACGGACCUGUGCGGACAACGUUAAAAGUGGGAAGGUUUUGUUAGUUCUUACUGAUGAGGACCUGGAGUUUGUUUUAGGGAUCAGUAAUUCAAUGCAUCGCAGGAAACUCCGUCUGGCCAUUGAAGACUACAGGGAUGCGGAUUUAGGACACGGCCUUUCUAAAGCAGCUGAUCUGGAUCACCACUGGGUGGCUCAGGCCUGGCUGAUGGAUGUAGGUCUCCCUCAAUAUUCCCAGUUCUUCCACACUCACCUUGUGGACGGACGUCUCCUAAGUACACUCACGCGCACCGACCUUGAGAAGCAUCUGCACGUGUCUAAAAAAGCCCACCAGAACAGCCUGCUGCUGGGAAUACAGCUGCUACACACGCUCAACUUUGACAAAGAGAUUUUGCAGUCCAGGCGAUCAGAGUGUGAGAAUCAGAACACAGACCCUGUAGUGUGGACCUGUCAUCGCAUCAUCAAAUGGAUCAAAGAGAUUGAUCUGAAGGAGUUUGCUGACAAUCUUCAGAGCAGUGGGGUUCAUGGUGCCAUCAUGGUGAUGGAUCCCUCCUUCAGCUCUGACACCAUGGCGGCGGCCUUAUGUAUUCCAAGCAACAAGCACAUGGUCCGUCAUCACCUGAAUGAAGAGGUGAAGGCACUUGUCAGUGCAGCCAGGGCAGGGCUUGAUCAGGAAGUCGAACCUUUGGGGACUCCGCCCACACUUCACCGGCAAAGCUCUCUAAGCAGCUCAUCACCUAGCUGUCAUGACGAUCAGCAGUCUUUAAGGAGGGUGAAGCAGCAGCUUGGUCUCAGCCCAAAGAACUUCGCUGGACGAAAGAUCAGUCAUCAGAACAGAUCCGGGUCAUUUCCAAGGAAUGGACUUCAGGAGGUCUCGCUUCAACGAGAGCGUUGCCCGGUUCGACAUUUUUCUGCUGCUGAGCUCACCAAUGUCUGAGUAUUUCUCCUGUUGAGAUCACUGAUGAAAAACAUAACAAACACAUUCUGAGGAAAAACAAAGACACUUUCUUCAAGCUCCCAAAUGGGGGAUUUUAUUUUUCAAGGUGAAUGUUGAUGAAAUCUCAAUGAAGGUUCACAUUUUCAGUCUCUGGACUC